AUGGGUAAAGUAAUUGGAGGGCCAUUCCACCUACCGGAGCUUGGCUGCCGCUUCUACUGGCGCCCUGCUCCAACUGACAAUGAGGACAUCGACCGGUUCGAGUUGCUGCGUAAGGAGUUGGACUCUGGCGUUGCGGACGAAGAAGAUGUUCAGAGUUGGCGUACUGAUAACGUCCCGGAAGAGAAGCCUUUCUCUUCCAAAACGUCGGACAAGAUCCCCCAGUCGAACACAUCCACGGAAGCGAAGAAGCAUUCAUCUACAACUACCC